GAGAUUUCUAAGGAGCAAUGACAUCAACAACUCUUCGGGGCUAUUCAACGUUGUCAAGCUUCAAACAAAAAGUGGAUACAUAAUAAUGGACAAUGGAAUAGUCCAGGUUACUGUUUCAACUCCAGACGGGGACGUGGUCGGAUUAAGCUACAAUGGAAUCGACAACCUUCUAGAAACCAAGAACGAAGAGCAAAACAGAGGCUACUGGGACGCUGUGUGGAACAAUCCAGGCGAACACAUUACCACUGACAGAUUAAAAGGAACGAGCUUUGAAGUGAUAAUGGCAACCGAGGAUCAACUGGAAAUCUCGUUUAACAAAACGUGGAGUUUCGCAGUUGGGAACCAGACGGCUCCAGUGAAUGUGGACAAAAGGUACGUUUUGCUGAGAGGAAGCUCUGGGUUUUAUACGUAUGCGAUAUUCGAGAGGCCCACGGGUUGGCCCGAGAUAGAAAUGGAUCAAGUUAGGAUCGUUUACAAGCUCCAAAGCAGAAAGUUUGAUUACAUGGCUGUAUCGGACGAUAGGCAGAGGGUGAUGCCGACGAUGGAAGAUCGUAACAAGGGCGAGCCAUUGGCUUAUCCUGAGGCUGUUCUUUUGACCAAUCCUGCCAAUCAGGAGCUUAGAGGAGAGGUGGAUGACAAGUACCAAUACUCAACCGAGGACAAGGACAACCAAGUUCACGGCUGGAUCUGCAGCGAUCCGCCGGUCGGAUUCUGGAUGAUCACUCCGAGCGACGAGUUCCGGGUGGCUGGACCCAUCAAGCAGGACCUCACCUCCCACGCCGGCCCCAUCACUCUCUCCAUGUUCGUCAGCACUCACUACGCCGGAAAGGAAGUGGGCAUGAAGUUCGCAGCCCGGGAGCCCUGGAAGAAGGUGUUCGGCCCCGUUUUCGUGUAUCUCAACUCCCUCCCACCCGCCGCCCAAGAUUCUUCUCUCUAUCUCACUCUCUGGGAAGAUGCCAAACAACAGUUGGCUACGGAAGUCAAUGACUGGCCAUAUGAUUUUCCUCAAUCUCAAGACUUCCCUUCUUCCGACCAAAGAGGAAACCUCGCCGGCCGGUUACUAGUCCGCGAUGGGUAUAUCAGUAAGAGACUGAUGCGUGCCAGCAAUGCUUUCGUUGGAUUAGCAUUGCCUGGUCCUGCCGGAUCUUGGCAAAGGGAAACCAAAGGCUAUCAAUUCUGGACUCGAACUGACAAUCAUGGCAACUUCUUUAUCCAAAACAUCCGAGCUGGGGUUUACAAUCUGUAUGCUUUUGUCCCUGGCUUCAUCGGAGAUUAUAAAUACGAGGCAAAUAUUACAAUCGAGCCUGGGUCUAAAAUGAGAUUGGACGUGAUGAUAUUUGACCCGCCCAGGCAGGGUCCAACCUUGUGGGAGAUCGGCUUUCCUGACCGCACUGCAGCCGAGUUUUAUGUGCCCGACCCUUAUCCAACCCUCAUGAAUAAGCUCUACAACAACCAUCCCGACAAGUUGUUAUUAUUAUUAUGUUCUUUCCAAAGCCAUUUUCCUUGUCUCAAUCAACGUUUGAGUUUCUUAAUGAUGCUUGAGAAUUUGGUCUUGACUAACAGGUUUAGACAAUAUGGCUUGUGGGAACGUUAUGCGGCUAUGUAUCCAGAUAAUGAUCUUGUUUAUACAGUUGGUGUGGAUGAUUGUAGCAAGGACUGGUUCUAUGCUCAUGUUAACAGGAAUGUGGGGAAUGAAACGUAUGAAGCAACCACUUGGGAAAUCAAAUUUUCACUGGAAACCGUGGACAAAACGGCAAAUUACACACUGCAGAUUGCAUUGGCAUCUGCUGCUACAUGCAACUUACAGGUUCGGUUGAACGAUGGAGGGUCCGACCGGGCCGCUUUUUCGACAGGGAUGAUCGGAGGGGACAAUGCAAUUGCAAGGCAUGGCAUCCAUGGACUUUACUGGUUAUACUCCAUACCUUUAGCCGGUGACCAAUUUCUGCAAGGAAACAACUCCAUCUAUCUCACUCAGGCAAGAAGCCAGAGCCCUUUUCAAGGCCUAAUGUAUGAUUACAUUCGACUUGAAGCUCCACCUCUAACAUGAUCCAGUAUUUACCCAUUUUUUCAAUUGUAAUUUGUUUGUGUUAACAAGUAUAUAUAGCAUCAAAGAAAAGUAAUUAGCUGAAAAACCACAGAAAUUUAGGACAGAAGUUAAAGCGUUUAGUUUAGUUUAGUUAGUGAACGUGGCCCCUUAGACUGUUCAUUUGGGUUGCACUUAUUGUACCCAUUGUCCAUUGUCGAGAUAUACGCCAUUUUACUAGCAACAUCUCGCUGUGAAAAUCCUUUGUAUUCUGUUCAAAUGAAAGCUCUUUUGAAUAUUUAAUCAAAAUUCCCUUUAGGUUA